AUGGGGUCUCAAUGCCAGGAUAUGGAGCUUCGGUUACGGAUGAAGAUGGUAAAAUGUGAACGAUUUAAAACUUUCCAAAGCGAACCUACAAACAAAAAGUUUUUUGACAACGAAUUAGGUAGUAUGCACCAAUUGAAAUUGCUGAGUGACGAAAAUUAUCGCGAUAAAGCAACCCAAGCUGACUUCCCGGUGCCUGUGGAACAGGAGCAAAAAGAGGUGGAGGAGGAAGAAGAAGAACAACAACGAGAAGAGGUCAAAGAAGAAAGAAAAAAGAAAGCAAAAGAAGUAGGCAUAGCAAAACAAAAAGAAGAAAUAACAGAAAAACAAGAAGCUAAAGUAGAAGAAGUAAGAAAAGAAGAAGUAACGAAAGUUGAAGAAGAAGAAAUACCAGAAAUAAUAAAGAUAAACUUCGCUUUGUUUAGAGACGAAGUGAGACGUAUUGAUAUGGUAUUGGUAGUGCAUGAUGACGCAACCUCAAAAAAAGAUCGUUUGAAGCUCGACUUCGUGACUAAUAUAUUGAGAACUGGACUCGAGAUCGAAAUCGAGCCGGGCCUUAUGCCCAUUCAUAAACAUCUGUGCUUUAUAAAAAUACAUGCUCCAGAUUGUGUGUUAAAUGAAUACGGAAAAGUAUUUGCUGUAAGAAGAUUCUUUGUGGAUAAUCGCUUGCAAUUGAUGGGUGCUAGCAAUAAAAAUAUUUUAGACAAGAUACGUAACAUUUUUCGUUUCAGAUAUUAUAAAAACCACGAAAUGGAGUGGUUAAAAAUAAUUCGAAGUAAUUAUACAACGCCUGAUGGCUAUUCUUACUACGAGAGAAGCAUUAUAGUUUACAAAAUCCUUCGGCACCUGCCAUUUGGUGACUACGCCAACCAAUACGGCAUUCACCGUUUGUUAAAGAGAAACAUAAUUCUGGACGCCUAUGCACUCCAUGAUGGCCCGUACUUUUAUGCCCCCCGCCAAACUCCACAAGGGUCUAAUGGCCGCCAGAUAUUAUUCUACAACUGGGCGGGAUUGCAUAACUUAUUUCAAAGUCAACCAAUACACUUGAUACAGGAAUACUUUGGACCCAAGAUUGCUUUUUAUUACACAUUUUAUGAAUUUUAUAACGCUGCACUGAUACUGCCUUCCAUCGCAGGUGUUGUAUCAAUCUUAAUGCGAUACGCCGAUGUGAACAAAAAAGAAGUGGAUGCACUAGAAAGGUUAGUUUGCAAAAAAAAGCUUGAAUAUGAUAUGUGUCCAGAAUGUGACUCGAAUGUCACAUUACAUUAUGGUGUAACAUUCACAAGAUGUUACAUGAGGCCAAUGAAGGAUUAUUGUACGUCAAUGAAAAUAAAUGGUCAUUUAGACCAUCCAUCCGUUAAUUAUUACUCAAUAGUUAUAAUGCUUUGGGUGAUGGUCUUUGUUUCCUUAUGGAGAAGAAAAGAAUAUGUAUUAAACUGGAUGUGGGAAGUCGGUGGGCAUGACUCUUAUUAUAAGACUUCAACCCGGCCAGAGUUCGAAAUCGAUUACACGAAUCCAAGGAGAUCAGCUAGAACCGCGAUGAAAUACGAUGAAAGCGGAUAUUAUAAGGUUAUACGUAUUUUUGCACCAAUAGUACAUGCCAUUUUAUGUUUUUUAGGAUCUAUGAUAUUAAUGGACGAACUAAAAAUGAAGUAUGACAAUUUUUCCAAUUCUUUCGAAACAACGGAAAAAAAACCAAAACUGAGGGACUACUAUAUAAUGGCGAUGUUUCAAGCGGGCUAUACAUUAUUAAUGUCAGUUGUAGAAGCUCUGCUUCAUAACCUCUACUAUAUUAUAGUUGAUCUGGAAAAUCACAAAUCACUUGAGGCUUAUGAGAGAUCUUUAGUAAAAAAACAAUUUGAGCUCAGUUACGUACUGAUCUUCUCGUUUAUGGGCUACUACGGGUGGACUGUCGGCCGACAGCUGCAGUACCGCGGCCGAUGUCAAUGGAAUUCUUUCCUACCGCUUAGGAAAUUUAUAAUAUUCAUUAAUCACUAUAUUAGAACACCGUGGACUUCAACAAUGAAAACAAAAGGACAAGAUUGCAGAAGAUAUUGUUGGCCAUUUACAUGUAUUAUUGAAUUGAGUAUUUUGCUUAUAGUGUUGCUUUUUCUAAAAGAAGUGGUCUUCAGGAUUAUCUUUAAUGUAUACAGAACAGUUACAGAUUACAAUGAAGCGAGAAAAAUAAAUAAAACCAUUCCAUGUUGGGAACGGGAAUAUAAAUUAAAGGAAUUCAAUGAAGCCACGUUAACCAGGAAAUACAUGCAUCUAGCUGUCCAAUUUUCGUUGGUUACUUUUUUUGUAGUUGCAUUUCCAUUAGCCCCUCUGGUCGUUCUGAUCAUCAACGUGUGGGAUAUACGCCACAGCGCCACGACGUUGUUACUGGCAAGUCGACGACCGCAUUUGAUUAGAGGGCCAGGAAUCGGCGCUUGGAGUAAUGUUUUUGUAUUUUUAGCGUACGCAGCCGUCAUUUUCAAUAUUUUGACUCUUGCUUUUACUACAAAAAUGGCUCAAAGAUAUUUUCUACAAUCGAACGAUAUUGAUGUUAUUAAGACUUUUGAUUUGGUUCUUUAUCCUGCCAUUAUUUACUAUGAUUAUGCUGAGAUACAAGAAAUGAAAUGUACUCAAUAUUUUUUGAGGAGAUAUUUAUAUAGUUCUCCACCCGGCUAUCCCAAUUAUUAUUUACUCGGGACUCGGCCACCUCGUUCAGACACUUUAGCACUAGAAUAUUACAUAUUUAUUAAAAUCGAGUUGGAAUUCCUGUUUCGUUUUUUAACCUGCAUGCUCGGUAUUGCGGUUAUCAUUCAAUAUUUUGUAUUGAGUCGUAGCCGCAAAGACGUCGAGAAAACAAUGGAUAAGGAAAAAAAAAUUAAAAACCUCUAUGCCCAUUAUAAUUAUGUCGAAAAUAAAAAAUGA